AUGACUUCCCAAACCCCGGCCGUUGUCAUGGACAACGGAACUGGAUAUUCUAAGAUCGGUUUCGCCGGUAACGACUCUCCAUCCUUCGUCUUUCCGACCGCCAUUGCGACCAAGUCUGCCGCUGGUGGCGGUGCUUCUCCCUCUGGACGACCCGCUGUUGCAAGCAAGCCUACUUACCUGGGUGGCUCCGGAGGUGGUGCCAGCUCUCAUCUGUCAGGGAAACGCGGAACGGAGGACCUGGAUUUCUUCAUUGGAGACGAGGCACUGUCCGCUUCCAGUGGCCCGGGAUACGGUAUUCACUACCCCAUUAGACACGGCCAAAUCGAGAAUUGGGAUCAUAUGGAACGCUUCUGGUCCAACUCUAUUUUCAAAUAUCUGCGCGUCGAGCCCGAAGAUCAUUAUUUCCUCCUCACUGAACCGCCUCUGAACCCUCCCGAGAACCGAGAAAACACGGCCGAGAUUAUGUUCGAGUCGUUCAAUUGCGCAGGUCUUUAUAUUGCCGUGCAAGCCGUUCUUGCACUGGCUGCUUCUUGGACAUCGUCGAAAGUCACCGAUAGGUCUCUUACUGGAACUGUCAUUGACUCUGGUGAUGGUGUCACCCACGUGAUCCCCGUCGCCGAGGGUUAUGUCAUUGGGUCCUCGAUUAAGAGCAUUCCGAUUGCUGGUAGAGACAUCACCUACUUUGUCCAGAGCUUGCUCCGGGAUCGUGGCGAGGCCGACAGCAGCUUAAAGACAGCAGAGAAGGUGAAAGAGGAGUACUGUUACGUUUGCCCAGAUAUUGUUAAGGAAUUUGCUCGUUACGAUAAGGAGCCCGACCGUUUGCUCAAACACACUGUGACUUCGCCCAAUGGACGUUCAAUCUCUAUUGAUGUCGGCUACGAACGCUUUUUAGCCCCAGAAAUAUUUUUCAACCCAGAGAUCUACUCAUCUGACUUCCUAACGCCCCUUCCCAAUGUUGUCGACGGGGUCAUCCAGUCAUCCCCCAUUGACGUCAGGAGAGGACUUUACAAGAACAUUGUUCUUUCUGGAGGAUCUACCCUUUACAAAGACUUUGGUCGACGUUUGCAGCGUGAUAUCAGGCACCUCGUGGAUAAUCGUAUCCGUGCCUCGGAGGCCCGCAGUGGAGGGGCCAGAAGCGGAGGACUUGAAGUGCAAGUUGUCACGCAUAAGAGACAAAGACAUGGCCCCUGGUUCGGAGGAAGUUUGCUCGGUCAAACCCCAGAGUUCCGCAGCUACUGCCACACCAAGGCUGAGUAUGAUGAGAUUGGUCCUAGUAUUGUCCGGAGGUUUGCGCUGCUAGGUGGACCAGGAAGCACUUAG